GAUCUUUGGCAGCCGGCUCUUGUCGUCACCGCGGUGCAUUGUGGUCCCGUAUAAUGCUCUUGCUCUCUGUCCUCUCGUCAUGCUAACGUGGUGGACAAACUUGUUUUUAGGACUAAAAACACAGCUUAAGGUGUUAAUUCAGGAAAGCCUGUAGUUAGUGGCAGGUAACUGAGUUGUGUUACUUGUGUCUUCAUUUACUGUCACGACUUUUAAAUGGAUAAUAUUUAACUAAGAGCUGUUUCUGAUGCUAGCAGCUGAGCUAACCAGCAUUGCUCACAUGCAGAGCCACUCUGGAAAACAUGGUGAAGAAAGUUAGCUAAGACAACAAACCAGAAGAUCCAGGGAUUAUACACACUGUCAUCUGUUUACAGCCACAACUGUAUCCCUUCUUUCUUUGCUUAUGAAGGCUGAAGCUGUCAUUACCAGCUGUUUCAUGAUCUCCUCACUGCAGUAGUGUCGAGAUGAAACUCCACAGGCUGCUGCUGGCUGGCUGCAUGAACUGCACUAGUAGGAUGUAUUUGCCAUUUGGUGGGAACUUUUAUCCAAAACGACUUUUCAGUUCUGUUGGAUCUUUUUCCUCAAGAAUAGGAGGAAGAACUGGGACCCUUAUCCUGUGUAGUGCUCGCACAGUACUCCACCCACUGAAGUACACGGUGCCACUUGGAAAAGGACAACUGGGAUUGUGCAGCAGCAGGAGUUACAGUGGUUCAAAUGCAAUCUGCAGUCAAACACUGUCAAGAUGUCAACCCAGAAGACCUCAGUCUGCUGCGGGGAGAAAGGAGAACCUGCAACGAGGAAGUGCAACAUGGCCUGUGUCCUUUGUCCGCCACGGAGUGACAGAUGUUUCCAGUGUGCCUCCAGCUUUUGUAGUGAUGAGUUUUGACCAAGAGGGAAAUGUGACAUCAUUUGAGAAGAAGAAAACAGAGCUUUGCCAGGAGCUAAGUCUUCAGGCCAGAGACCUUCGCUUUCAGCACAGUAUCAGCCUCACAGCUAGAAACAACUGCAUUAUCAUACGGAUGGAGUCUUUGAAAGCCAUCGUGACCCCGCAGUCCCUGUUGGUGUUGGAUUUUCGUGGUUUGGGAUUGGAGCGUUGGUUGGUGCUGGAGCUGGCCCCUCAGCUAGCAUCACAGUCACACUCGCUGCCCUUCGAAUUCAGAGCACUGGAGGCCCUCCUGCAGCACACGGUAAACACUCUACAGGCUCGGCUGAAUGAUGUCGAACCAAUAAUGUUGGACACGUUGGAAUCCCUGGUGGAUCCUAAAAUCCUUUCCGUUGAUAGAAGUAAACUACAUAUACUGCUGCAGAACAGCAAGAGCUUAUCAGAGUUGGAGACGAAUAUAAAAGUCUUUAAGGAUACCUUGCUGAAGAUUUUGGAUGAGGACGAGAUCAUUGAAGAACUCUGUCUGACCAAGUGGACAGACCCACGAGUUUUUGAGGAGAGCAGUUUGGGUAUUGACCACGCUGAGGAGAUGGAACUGUUAUUGGAGAAUUACUAUAUGCAGGCUGAGGAGCUGGGGAACAAGACCAGAGAGCUGAAAGCGCUGAUAGACGACUCCGAGAACGUCAUCUUUAUCAAUCUGGACAGCCAUCGUAACGUGAUGAUGCGCCUCAGUCUGCAACUGGCGAUGGGUACCUUCUCCCUUACCUUAUUCGGUCUGAUAGGGGUGGCCUUUGGAAUGAAUUUGGAGUCGUCCUUCGAAGAGGAACCUGUCGUUUUCUGGAUGGUAACAGGCUUCAUGUUCCUGGGCAGCGGGCUGAUAUGGAGACGACUGCUGUCAUUCCUGGGACGACAUCUAGAGCCUUCAGUACCCUCUAUAAUCCCUCGAGUAUGGAAGAGAAAUCUGAAAGCGUCAGACAUCAAGGCGGGAGUCAGAUGAUGUUCUACCUCCGCUCUGUAAAAUGCCACAGACCUCCUACAGACUCUGCAGCUUUAGAGAUGAUUGUUUUACCAUCAUGGACCUCCUGAAUUCUCUACAAAGGCUGGAAAUUUUCAGUUCAUAACACACCUCAUUGUUUUACUCCACCAUGCCUUCAGCAGAGAUUAAGACUGCAUCCACAUGUCUGGAGACUCCACUGUGUGUGCUUCUGUGUCCCCGUCAUUUCAGAUACUUCAUAUCUAAUCAUAUGGAUGGCACAGAGUAUUGCUCUGUCAUCAGUGGUUUUAGAGCGGUGCGUGGGCGAGUGGCAGCAUUGGAACUGAAACGGAUAACAACCCAACUAAUAUGAUAACCACCUUACAUGCACUUGUACCUCAUUUCAUAGGUGUGUUAAAAGGAUUUAAAUCUUAUUAUUUAAAUGAAUGUGAGCCAAAUGAAUGUGUAAAGUUUAUAGUGUUAUGUCCUCUAUGUUCAGUAUGUUAGUAAGAAUUUGC